AUGGUCUUCUGCACAUAUUGCGGGCAGUCAUUCACUCGUGAUGAGCAUCUUGAACGCCAUAUUCUCACACAUACCAAUGUCAAGCCAUUCAAAUGUUUUACUUGCCACAUGUCUUUCGCAAGGCGGGACCUCCUUCAACGACAUUACACCGUUCACGGACGAGAUCAGAAUCAGAACGAGAUUCCCGCGGUGAAUGGCAUGAUUCCAAAAUCUGCUGGUCGAACACCCAUUGCUUGCAGUAACUGCGCGAAGACGAAGACGAAAUGCGACAAAAAGUUCCCUUGCUCCCGAUGUGCUGGCAGGAACUUGCGAUGCACACUGCGACCAACGAGAAGAGCUUCGAAGAAUGCAAACCGGGUCGGAGCUACACUCGAGAGUGCGACAGAUGUUCCGACGGAAGUGACAACAGUCAACGUUGAGGCAACGUCCAAAGACACCCGAGCACAAGAAAACUCAUCCAGCCCGUCGUCUCAGAAGUCUGGAACGCCAAUCAGUAUCGGUCCCAUUAUGGAAGAGACUCCCGACAUAGCUCCGCCGCAGCCAUUCACCGAGCAAGUCAAUGGUGGACCAACUCCUCCCGAAUUCUCUCCCGAUCUGCAAGAAUCGUUCAUGGACCACAACCUGAUGUCUGGAUUUCCUGGACUUACGAAUCCAAGCAAAGAUAGCUCUGAUGAUGGCUCGAGUCCGCGCUUUCUACUUGACUGGAGCCAAAUGCAGAUGCCACUUGGAUACGACAACAUGAUUCAAUCGGACCUCAUGCUCGAUCCGGAAUUGAGCUUCGAUCCAAAUUCAGUACCACUUGCACCGCAUGCUGAUGGUAUUCUUUCCAUCAUGCCAGAGCUUGCGAAUGGCGGCAUGGAAUCAUUGAUCACGCCCUUUGAGACGCCCAAGAUGUCUCGGUCGUUCGUCGAACUUGGUCUUGGGAAUUCCAAUCCUGCUUUCCACUCUCAUCGACAUCAGUCCAUGCCGUCGGUACAGUCAAUACCGAAUAGUGGCAAUGAAAUGCCCGCUAUGAUUGCUGCUCAAGAUGGCUGGUCAGCAUUUCGAUGCACGCCCACUCUACCUUCCAGCUCGUGUCCAAAGACUGCGAAACUUAAUCUGGAGCAGCUGGAAGAGACUUUGAGGAACCAUGAAGGCUGGGUCAGCUGGAGUCCUCGAUGGGAAGACAACGAUCUUGCAGGCGGUGGAGACCAUCUCACAGUCAUGCAACUGCACGAAAGCACUCGAGACAAGCUUUUGGCAAUCAUGCAGAGCUUCCUCCACAAAGCUCUCGAAACGCAUCGAGAAGGUCGUGGAACGAGUAAUGGCUCGCACUCGCCAAACCCCAGCGGAGCGUCAAACUUCGUUCUGCUACCGCCGGGUCGAGUUCUCGAAUACUUUCUCCGGUCGUAUUCGAACAGCUUUGAACGAUACUUCCCACUAACCUCACGGAGUACACUAGACGCCAACGAGCUGAUGCAUUGUUACAACGAUCGAGCCGCCAGCAUUCUGGUCCUUCUUAUGAUCGCACAAGGAGCGGCAAACAUCCCAUCUCCUGAAGCACGUAUGCUCACGGGCGGCUUGACCGAAGCCUGCAGAAUCUCAUUAUUCGACCUCAUCGAGCGAAACAUCAUCAUGUCCGGCGAUCCAAUUGUGCUACAUUCGGCUCUUCUAUUCACUGUUCAAGCUGCCUGGAGCGGAGACAAGUGGCAAAUGGACAUUGCUAUGGGUCAGCGUGGCAUGUACUUUGCGAUGCUGCGUCACUCAGGAGUUCUGGACCGUUCCUCACAUGCCGCUUCGGCACAACCUCAGCGGACUCUCGAGCAAUUAUGGACAGACUGGAUUCAAAAUGAAUCUCGCAGUCGUCUCAUAUACUCCUGGGUCAUGGUCGAUCAAGACCUCGCUCUCUUCCACGACACUGCACCACUUUUCUCCGUCACGGAAUUUGGUGCUCCCAUGCCCGACGCCGAUCGUCUUUGGCAUGCAAAAUCUGCCGAGCAGUGGUCUUCUACCUUCGAGAGAGUGCACGAGUUCUCUUCCGGUUUCUCAUCUGUCGGAUCUGGCGCUCGGCCUCUCUCCCUACGAGACCUCUUCCGUCACUUUCUCGACGACGACCUUAUCCCGAUGGGGAUCGAAAUGACUCCACUCCAGCUGCGACUUCUCCUCCACCCACUCCAAUCCAUGGUCUGCCAAUUCUCUCAACUACUAUCCUGCUUCGCACCCGCUACCUAUCGUACUUCGAUAUCCGUCCACCCCAACCAGGCGCAACCCUCCUCGCGGAACAUCUCCCAAUCAUCAACUCGAACUCGCCUCGCCGAAGUCCAGGCACUACUUCAACGCUGGUUCGACCUCGCCGAGCGCUACCUCAAAGCCAAUCCUCUGUGCGCCUUGAUGCAGACAAACCUUAUACUCUUCCACCUGAUCUCGCUCAAUGCCGUCACCAAUUUCCCUGAGAUCGAGCGUCUAGCAAGACGAGAGAACGUCGACGGAACCUAUCAUCAACUCCUCUGGCUGCACAAACGAUGUAUUCCAGAUGUCGAAGAAGCUGUCUUCCACUGCGGGCAGAUCUUCAGAUUGGUGCGAAGUAUGCCGAGAGGUGUUCGGCCGCCGUGGUGGGCUGGAGCGAUCUAUCGAGUGGCGCUCAUACUCUGGACCGACUCACUUACGCACAAAGAUGCACUGACUUCGACAUCACCACAAGGGAAUGGAAUGUUCCCGAGUCCGAUUGCUGGUCCAUCGUUUGCCAUCGAUGCUCUACCUCCAGACCAUGCUUUGAUUGUGCGAUACCUGACGAAGCGGGAGGGCGUGCCUUGCGUGACAAAGUUGGAUGGCUCGCAGAUGGGACUGGAGAGAGCCUAUCCAGUGUUGAGGCAUUGCGUCGAGGUGAUUGAUGAGGGAUGUUCGACGAGGUUCUCCGAUGCGAUCAGAGGGAAGCUGGAGAGAUUGUCUCGAGGGUGA